UGUAAUCGAUGUCUUGUUGGAGCUAUAGCUGAGUUACCAAAUUGUUGUGGUGCGAAACAGGGUGGAAGAGUUGGUAAACCUAGUUGCUAUUUUAGAUAAGAGUUAUACCCCUUCCUUCAAUAUAUGAAUGCUCCUUCGCCACCUUUAUUAUCAUCCCCCUCUCCUCUCCUAUCACCACCAUCGGCAACGAAUACAACCACACGAACACCAAAAGGGAAUAACCCAUCUAUACUUGCGAGUAGUAUAAUUGUCCCUUCGAUUAUUGCACUACUUUCUGCCAUUGCCUUUGGCUUCUUCAGUGUCCGGAGAAAGAAAACCAAAACGACUAAAUUUGAUUAUGAGACUCCAAGUACAGAAUCAUUGCAAUUCAACUUUAGUACAAUAAGUGCUGCAACAGAUAAUUUCUCUCAAGGUAAUGAACUCGGAAAAGGUGGAUUUGGCUCUGUUUAUAAGGGUACACUCUCAGACGGCCAAGAAAUAGCCGUGAAGAGGCUAUCAAAAAAUUCCAGACAAGGUGAACAGGAGUUCAAGAAUGAAGUUACCUUAGUAGCUAAGCUUCAACAUAAAAAUCUUGUGAAGCUUGUUGGAUCUCAAGAAAAACUACUAAUCUAUGAAUUCAUGCCAAAUGCCAGCCUUGACCAGUUCCUAUUCGAUCCAGUUAAAUGUACACAGAUGGAUUGGGGAAGACGAUACAAGAUAAUUGGAGGGGUAGCAAGAGGACUUCACUAUCUCCAUGAGGAGUCUCGACUUAGAAUCAUCCAUCGGGAUCUCAAAGCUAGCAAUAUAUUAUUAGACAAAGACAUGAAUCCUAAAAUUGCUGAUUUCGGCAUGGCUAGGCUUUUUGUGCUCGAACAAACUCAAGCUAGUACGAACAGAAUAGUUGGAACAUAUGGCUACAUGGCUCCAGAGUACAUAAUGCAUGGUGAAUUCUCUGUGAAAUCAGAUGUUUUCAGUUUUGGUGUCUUAGUUUUAGAGAUACUUUGUGGACAGAGGAAUAGCAGUUUUCAUAAAUCAGAUAUUGAUCGGGACCUUCUAAGCUAUGCAUGGAGUGGAAUAAUGGAUCUGCUAUAGACAUAUUAGAUCCAACUUUGAAAGACGCAUGUUCUAGAAGUGAAGUGAUGAGAUGCAUCCAUGCUGCGUUAUUAUGUGUUCAAGAAAAUGCUGCAGAUAGACCCUCAAUGCCAACAGUUGUCCUAAUGCUUAACAACUCCGUUACCAGUCACAAUUUACCUUCAUCACAUGCAUUUUUUACUGAUAGUACGAGGCAUAUUGAACCCCCCCAUCCUAGCUCAAACUGGAGCGUGAAUGAAGUUUCAGUUACGGAAUUAUACCCUCGAUGACGAUACUAAACCACUAAAUUUCCGUAUACUAUAUAUUCUUAUCUUAUUCUUUUGUCUUCUUUUUUUAUAAGUUGAU